GCUUUUGCGAAGAGGAAAUUUUCUUCAAGCUUUUGAUUCCUGAUCGUCACAAUGUCUCGAAUGCUGAGCAUUGAUCUACCAGAUAUUGAGAAUAUACUCACAUUAAAUCCACGUGUGAAGACUUGUGCAUCUCUGCGGUCGACAGCAACUACAAAGAUGGACAAAACUCAUUGGAAGCGCAAUGCCAGUAAAAAUUGCUCAAGCCAUGAGAAGCUGGAGAAUAAUUUUGAUGACAUCAAACACACCACUCUCAGUGAGCGAGGAGCACUUCGUGAAGCAAUGAGGUGCCUCAAAUGUGCUGAUGCUCCUUGUCAGAAGAGUUGUCCAACUAACCUGGACAUAAAGUCAUUUAUCACAAGCAUUGCAAAUAAGAACUACUAUGGAGCUGCCAAAGCCAUUCUGUCUGACAACCCCCUUGGUCUAACUUGUGGGAUGGUAUGCCCAACCUCUGACCUCUGUGUGGGAGGGUGCAAUUUACAUGCAACUGAAGAAGGAGCAAUUAACAUAGGCGGAUUACAACAGUUUGCCACAGAGGUGUUCAAAGAGAUGAAAAUUCCUCAGAUUCGGAAUCCAUCAUUUCCACCUUCUGAAGAAUUACCUGAGAGCUUCCAUGCUAAAAUAGCCCUAAUUGGAUGUGGACCUGCCAGUAUCAGUUGUGCUUCUUUUUUAGCUCGAUUGGGCUAUUCAGACAUCACAAUAUUUGAAAAACACGAAUAUUUGGGAGGUUUGAGCACGUCAGAGAUACCUCAAUACAGAUUGCCUUAUGAUGUUGUCAAGUUUGAGAUCAAGCUGAUGAAAGACCUUGGUGUGAAGAUUGUCUUUGGCAAACGUUUGGGAAUUGGAGGAAUGACUCUGGACACGUUGAAGCGAGAUGGAUAUGAAGCAGCCUUCAUUGGUAUAGGUUUACCAGAGCCAAAGAGAGAUCACAUCUUUGAAGGCUUAACAGUGGAACAUGGCUUCUACACAUCCAAGGAGUUCCUGCCUCUUGUUGCAAAAGCUAGCAAACCAGGGAUGUGUGCCUGUCAGUCUAGUCUGCCAUCAAUAAAAGGCACAGUUCUUGUACUUGGUGCUGGAGAUACUGCCUUUGACUGUGCUACAUCUGCAUUACGUUGUGGAGCUCGCCAUGUGUUUGUGGUUUUUAGAAAAGGAUUUACCAAUAUCAGGGCUGUCCCAGAGGAGAUGGAGCUAGCAAAAGAAGAAAGAUGUGAGUUUUUGCCUUACAUGUCACCAAGAAGGAUUAUUCUGAAAGGUCAGCACAUUUCUGCAAUUGAGUUUGUUCGUACAGAGCAGAAUGAUGUUGGAGAUUGGAUUGAAGAUGAAGACCAAGUUAUUCGCUUAAAAGCAAACAUUGUCAUCAGUGCAUUUGGCUCCAUUCUGAGUGAUCCUUCAGUGAAAGAGGCCAUGACUAACAUCAGGUUUAACAGAUGGGGCUUCCUGGAUGUUGACACAGAGACCAUGCAGACGAGCGAGCCUUGGGUUUUUGCAGGUGGUGACAUCGCCGGUUUGGCUAACACCACCGUCGAGUCUGUGAAUGACGGAAAACAGGCAUCAUGGCACAUUCACAAAUAUUUGCAGGAUGUAGUGACCAAUGUUUCUCCAAGAAUUUUACGUGGAAUGACCUCUGGCCCUGUCUAUGGCCCAGGACAAAGCUCCUUUCUUAACAUUGAACUCAUCAGUGAGAAGACAUGUGCAUACUGGUGCAAAAGCAUUACUGAAUUAAAGGCUGAUUUCCCAAAUAAUACUGUUAUUGCCAGCCUCAUGUGCACUUACAACAAGAAUGAUUGGACAGAACUUUCAAAAAUGGCAGAGGAUGCUGGUGCCGAUGCCUUGGAAUUAAACUUGUCUUGCCCACAUGGCAUGGGAGAAAGAGGAAUGGGCCUCGCCUGUGGACAGGAUCCAAAGCUGGUGCGAAACAUCUGCCGUUGGGUACGACAAGCUGUUAAGAUUCCAUUCUUUGCCAAGCUGACCCCGAAUGUCACAGACAUUGUAAACAUAGCGUCGGCGGCUCAGGAAGGUGGUGCAAAUGGUGUUACAGCAACAAACACUGUCUCUGGGCUGAUAGGCGUACUUGCAGAUGGUACACCAGUGCCUGCUGUUGGUAGAGACAGGCGAACCACAUAUGGUGGUGUGUCUGGAACUGCAAUAAGGCCAAUAGCUUUACGAGCAGUAUCUGCUAUCGGUAAGGCCAUACCAGGAUUUCCAAUUCUAGCUGCUGGCGGGAUUGAUUCAGCUGAGUCAGGACUACAGUUUCUGAAUUGUGGUGCCUCUUUAUUGCAGGUAUGCAGUGCUGUUCAGAAUCAGGACUUCACAUUAAUUGAAGACUAUUGCACGGGAUUGAAGGCACUAUUGUAUUUAAAAAACAUUAAAGAGCUGCAAAAUUGGGAUGGACAGAGCCCGCCAACAACAUCUCACCAGAAAGGAAAACCGGCACCUAAAAUUGCUGGUAUAAUUGGACAGCAUUUGCCCAGUUUUGGCCCCUACCUGGAGAAACGUAAGAGGAUUAUAGCAGACCAUAAACUGAAACAGAAGGAGCUGAAUGAGAUGUAUCAGGACCCUGAUGAAACACCAUAUACAGUCAAGAAGCCCAUUCCAAGAGUUCAGGAAAUAAUUGGUAGAACUCUGCCACAUAUUGGAGCCUAUGGUGUCCUGAAUAACAAGGAGCACGUAGUAGCUUUGAUUGAUGAAGAAAUGUGCAUUAACUGUGGAAAAUGCUACAUGACUUGUAAUGACUCUGGUUACCAGGCCAUAACCUUUGACCCUGAGAAACAUGUUCCUCAAGUUACUGCUGACUGCACCGGCUGUACUCUUUGCUAUAGUGUCUGUCCCAUCAUUGAUUGCAUUACAAUGAUUCCCCGUUUAACACCUUAUGAACCAAAGAGAGGUAUUCCGUUGGCUGUCUGACAAGUUUGUUGAGUUGACAUGGUCCAGCAGUGAAACAUGAUUUAACAUCCAUAUCUACCUAAAAGCAUUGAUUUAGUCAUUCAGUCUAUAGCAUGAUAAAUUACUGUUAUUUCCAAAGUAUUGAUUUUUACUUACUAAUCCGAGUUGCAGCGACCUUGCAUUCUACAAUUAGCUAACUACGA